AUGUGAGAGGAAACCCGAGUGUCCGGAGAAAACCCACGCAGGCACGGCGAGAACAUAAACUCCACAUAGGCGGGGCCGGGUUUGAACCCAGGACCUCAGAACUGUGAGGCCAAUGUUUUCCAGCUGAUCCACCGUGCCACUACAUAUAUCCAUCCAUUCAUCCAUCAAUUUUCGUCAUCGCUUAUCCUCACAAGGCUCGCGGGGAGUGCUGGAGCCUACCCCAGUUGUCAACGGUCAGGAGGCGGGGGACACCCUGAACUGGUUGGCGGCCAAUCGCAGGGCACGUCGAGACGAACAGCCGCACUGACAAUCACACCUUGGGGCAAUUUUGAGCGUCCAAUUAAUGUUGCAUGUUUUUGGGAUGUGGGAGGAAACCUGGAGAAAAGCCACGCAGGCACUGGGAGAACAUGCAAAAUCCACACAGGCGGGUCUGGGAUUGAACCCGUUGGUGAGAAUGACAGAUAGACAGAUAGGUGGACGGCCAGCCCAUUGUCUGGCUGCGUCAGUGGUUCUGAAAGUUUCUAACCCGGGUACCGUGCAAAAAUGACUCAUCUCUCCAAGUUCCCCCAUCGUAGCGAUAUUAAAAUACAGCCCCUGAGUUAGGAACAAAAAGAUUCAAAACCAAGCCAAAGUUGUGUUCCUCAAAAGUGCAUUAUCGUUAUUAUCACUAUUUUCAUGAGCUACCGUAACAUUGGGCCCAUUUUAUUCACAGACUCCUUCGUAUACUACUUGAGGGACACGAGUACCACAGUUUGUGAAGCACCGGUCUUUAUGUCGUCCCCAAUUGACUCCGUGUUUCUGGCUCGGCUCUAUUUGGCCAGUGAGCACAAGUGCCGUGAAAAGGGACAUGGACUUCAUUAGUCCUUUGUCCUUGCCACUAACUGAUCGGCUGAGUCGCGAGCUCGUACACGAGCCGAGCCGACCGCUGUGCUGCCGUUCCGGGGCCUUCCGAGAAAAGCCCGCUUCCGCUGAGCCCUCUGCCGAGUGCCACCUUGGACACGCCCACCGCCAACGCGACGGUUGAAGCGAUCCCUCCGCAGAAGUCGUUGGCACCCGAAAGUGUUUCGUCAGAGCGCCAUCAACGUGCGUGACAGCAGGCGUGUGAUGCGUCAGCUGCGCUGCGCUAGCCAGGAGUCAGUGUCGGGCGCUGGGGGUGUGGCCUCUUUGGAGCUGAAAAUGGACCAAUCGGUGAUCAUCAAACCCGUGCACUCGUCGCUUCUGGGCCAGGAUUACUGCUUUGAGGUGACGACCUCGACGGGGACCAAGUGCUUCUCGUGUCGCUCGGCGGCUGAGCGAGACAAAUGGAUGGAGAACCUGCGCCGAGCCGUGCAGCCCAACAAAGACAACAGCCGACGCGUGGAGAACCUGCUGACGCUGUGGGUCAUCGAAGCCAAGGACCUGCCCGCCAAGAAGAGGUACUUCUGCGAACUCUGUCUCGACGACAGCCUGUACGCACGUACAUCCUGCAAGAUGAAGACGGACAACAUAUUUUGGGGAGAGCGCUUCGACUUCAGCAGUUUGCCGUGCGUCAACGCGAUGACGCUGCACAUCUACAAAGACACGGACAGGAAACGCAAGAAGGACAAGAGUAGCUACGUGGGCCUGGUCAACAUCCCCGUCAUCACGGUAACGGGCAGACAGCUUGUGGAAAAGUGGUACACGGUCAGCAUGCCCAGCACCAUCAGAGGGAAGUCAAGCGUGCCGACGGUGCGUGUGAAGGCGCGCUACCAGAGCGUGGUGAUCCUGCCCAUGGAGCAGUACAAAGAAUUUGCAGAGUUCAUCAGUGCCAACUACCUGCUGCUGUGCAACACGUUGGAAGGAUCCAUCGGCCUGCGAGCCAAAGAGGAAGUGGCGGCAGCGCUGGUUCACAUUCUGCACAGUACCGGCAAGGCCAAGGACUUCUUGACGGACUUGAUGAUGUCAGAGGUAGACCGUUACCGUGACAAUGAUCAGCUGAUCUUCAGAGAAAACACCCUGGCGACAAAAAGCAUCGAGGAAUACUUGAAGCUGGUUGGACAGAAGUACCUGCAGGAUGCACUGGGCGAGUUCAUCAAGGCUCUGUAUGAGUCGGAUGAGAACUGUGAGGUGGACGCAUCUCGUUGCGCCAACUCUGACCUCGCAGAGCAUCAGGCCAACCUCAGAAUGUGCUGUGAACUCGCUUUCUGCAAGAUACUUGACUCCUUCAGGGUCUUUCCCAGGGAACUGAAGGAGGUUUUCGCUUCGUGGCGUCAGGAGUGCGGCAACCGCGGGAGGCCGGACAUCAGCGAGCGUCUGAUCAGCGCGUCGCUCUUCCUGCGCUUCCUAUGUCCGGCGGUGAUGUCGCCAUCACUCUUCGAAUUGACCCAAGGAUACCCGGACGAACGCACGGCUCGCACGCUAACACUGAUCGCGAAAGUCAUUCAGACUCUGGCCAACUUCAGCAAGUUUGGCACAAAAGAAGAGUACAUGCUCUUCAUGAACGACUUUGUGGAGCGCCAGUGGAGCAGCAUGCAACGAUUCCUGCAGGAGAUUUCCAACGCCGACGGACUCAACCACACCGGCGUCGGCUUUGAUGGAUACGUCGACCUCGGGCGCGAGCUCUCCAGCCUGCACACGUUGCUCACUGAGCUGGACCAGUCGUGUCUGUCCAAGCUCAGCCCACUUCCGCGGAUUUUACGAGACGUGUCAGUGGCUCUGGCUAACCCAGGGGGCGUGGCUUAUCCCGGGAAAGUGUCGGCCUCCUCUCCCGAGCUUCAGCGUUUGGUGUCUCCGCCGCCCCCUCUGUCGCCACCCCUCUCGCCUCCUUUGGCACCCUGCAAUCCAUCACUUGGCCAGCAGUGUGGCGUUGGACUGGAUGGAGGGCUGGUGGACUUCACCAGACUUCCGUCGCCAACGCCUGAGAACAAAGACUUGUUCUUCGUCACAAAAGGUUCCAGCCUGCAGCCCGCAUCAGGCUUGCGCGGCUCUCCGGCCCUGAGCUCGUCCUACUCGGAGCCCAAUGACGAUGCGGCGUUCGGGAGGGCGGGACAGGAAAUGAGCGCGGAGGGGCGGAGCCUGUCCCUGGUCGACUUGCAGGACUCCUCCCCCGGCGACAACCUCGACGACAGCCAAUGGCAGCGAAGGGCGGGGCUGCUGCCUCUGUCUUUCCAGAAUCCCGUCUAUCAAAUGUCGUCACGGCAACCGCAUCGAGCUGAGGUCUCGCCGUCCGACGGCCCGGGUGGGGACGAGUGCAACUCGGCCGGCGCCGCUGUGCCCAAACCCGCCUUCCUCACGCAAAUGCAAGUGGGCGUCGCCGGGAGCGUGGCCGGCGAACGAGGAGAGCGUCUGUCCGCCGUGUCCAGCAGCAGCAGUGGAGAAGAGCAAAACCGAAGAGCGCUCUCAGAAAAUGUCACAAGUGGCACCGCCCCCCUUCGGCAGAACUGUACGGGUCCUCAGCGGCGCAUCGACCAACCGCCGCCGCCGCCGCCGCCCUCUUCGGGGCCCGCCCCCGGCCCGCCACGGGGCCGCACGCCGCCCGGCAUGCUCCCGCCUCGCCCCGCGUCUGGAAGCAUGAUGUCGUCCAGUCCCGACUGGCCGACCGGCGGACCCUCGAGACUGCGUCAGGCCUCGUCUUCAUCCAAAGGAGACAGUCCUGAAAAACUGCGACCUGCCAACAAGGCUCCGUCUCCGUGCGCCCUGGACCGCACGGCCGCCUGGCUUCUCAACAUGAACUCUGCAGCCACCUACGCCGAGACGGAAGAUGAUCGCCACGACGACACCCUCAUUGACAAGUACCAGCAGGACAUCGCGUUACUGCAGGAGAAACUUCGCGUGGCGGCUUUGCGCCAGGAGGAAUGCGAGGCCCGCCUCCUUGUUCAGGACCAGCAGAACCAGCGCUUGUUGCAGGAGUACCAGGCUCGGCUGGAGGACACAGAGAGUCGACUGAGGAGGCUGCAGGAUGACAAAGAUCUCCAGAUGAACAGCAUCAUCAGCAGGUUAAUGGCCGUGGAAGAGGAGCUGAAGAAAGAUCAUUCUGAAAUGCAGGCUGUGGUUGACUCCAAACAAAAGAUCAUUGAGGCCCAGGAGAAGAGGAUAGCGAAUCUGGACGCUACCAACACUCGCCUGAUGGCGGCACUGGCUCAGCUGAAGGAACGUUAUGGUGUGACCUCGCAGAGGAACGGCCUGUCACCGAGCAACACGUCAUCCUUGCAGAUCACGGAAAACGGCGAGUUCCGCAGUUCGGGGAAUUGUUGA